UCAGCCAAAUCUCACGCACGGUGCCAUAACCAGUUUUCGGCAGUUGAACAACGAAGCAAAAUGAUUACAGGAUUAUGGAUACCGUGGAAGUUAGUACCGAGCUCUCCCACUAAUAAUAUGGACUUGUUCAUGACAUCGAAAUCUCAUUCUUCCCCACAGUCCAGCACUCUCGACUCGAGUCUCUUUCUGUUGUGAUUGGACAAAUGCUGUUUUUCUGGUCUUUGCUCCAUCAUGGGGAAAAUUCCUACUCGUCUAUUGGAAGGGUCUUCGCCGACUACUAGUUGUACAGCGGUAGUAUCUGACGUGGACCCCCAGACAGCUUCAAGUUGAGUUGUCAAAGCGGAGUUUGAAUUGAAUCUUGACGAGCUCGGGAUUUUUAUUUUAUUACCAGUCCUGCUUAUAUUGUACACAAUAUCUACAGUUACAGUACCAUUCCUUAAUACGGGAACAAGGUUGAGAUAGCACGAAGAGUAAGAAGAAGGAAAAAAGAAACCCAAGCCUUAACAACCCAAUCUUUCUCCGUCUUUUUCUUCGAACUUAACAACACCAAACACAUCCCAUUUCCAAGCCACACCAGGUUUCUUUUCUGUCUCUAUCUCUCCAUCAUGCCUCUCCCAACCGGCGUCUACCGCGCCGACCAAGUCGGCUCCCUUCUCCGCCCCAAAGAAAUCCUGGAAGCACGCCAAAAAGUCUCCUCUGGCGCCAUGACUGCAACAGAACUCCGGGCCCUGGAAGACAAACACAUCGCCCAGGUCGUCCGCCAACAACUAGCCUCGGGACUCCGGUCGAUCACGGACGGCGAGUUCCGCCGCGCAUGGUUCCACCUGGAUUUCCUGCAACACUUUGACGGCGUCGAGGUGCGCGGCAACCUACAGUCGACCAACCAGUCCAAGGGCGGCGUGAUGCCGCCUCGCCUCGUGGUGACGGGCAAAUUGGGCCACAGCAAAGCGAUCCAAGUUGAUGAUUAUUUGUUUUUGAAAGAACAAAUCGAAGCGGCCAAAACAGAACAGAGUCUCUCCUCAGGCUCUGAUUCCACCUCCGCGACUGCUUCGGCAUCGGCUUACGCCGCGGCUUCACCAAAGGUAGCAAUCCCAAGUCCAACAAUGGUCCACUUCCGCGGCGGCCGCGACGCCAUCGACAGCACGGCCUAUCCGAACCUGGACGACUUUUUUUCCGAUUUGGCAUCUGUCUACCAAGCCGAACUAGCCUCUUUGUACGAUGCAGGAUGUCGCUUCGUCCAACUCGACGACACCAAUUUGGCGUAUCUAUGCGACUCGAAAAUGCGGUCCGAAGCCGAAUCCCGCCACGGCAGCGACGCCGCGACCCUAGCGGCCCAGUACGCCGACCUGAUCAAUCGGGCCAUCAGCAAACGACCUGCCGAUAUGACGAUUGGUAUUCAUCUGUGUCGCGGAAACCAUCGUAGUCAGUGGUUUGCGCAGGGCGGGUACGAGCCCGUGGCGGAAGUGUUGUUUAAGAAACUCAAUGUGGAUGUCUAUUUUUUGGAAUAUGAUGAUGCGAGAAGUGGCGAUUUCAGUCCGCUGAGACAUUUGCCGGAAAAUAAAGUUGUCGUGUUGGGGGUUAUGACGAGCAAGACUGGGGAGUUGGAUGAUGCGGCGCAAAUUGAGCAGAGGGUUCGUGAGGCCGCGGGGUAUUGUCCACGGGGACUGGAUCAGUUGUGUCUGAGCCAUCAGUGCGGGUUUAGUAGUACGAUGGAGGGGAAUGAGUUGACUGAAUCCCAGCAGUGGGAGAAGAUUAAGUUGGAGGUGGAGAUUGCGAAGAAGAUCUGGGGGGAGGAUAUUUCGAAAUAAGAAAAGACUCGAGUCUCGACCCAAGACGGGUUGAAAUAGGUGGUGUCUGUUGGUGGAGAUGGCGUGGGAUAGCAGGUGGCGAAUGAGUGUAUCAAGGGAGAAUGGGAUGGCAAUCAGCCCAUCUGUCAAGAGAUUCGAGAGAUUUGAUGUGUUAGUUCUACAAGUCAUGUCCGGUGGAUGAGAUGAUGAGGUGAUGAGGUGAUGAGAGUUGACGAUAUGAGCUGUGUUGUGUUAGUCACCGGGAGAUGAGAUAUGAUGAGAUGUGCAGAUGAGAGCGAGAGCCAAGAUUCGAACGAGACGACACGGGAGAAUGAGACUAUAAUCUAGAUGGCUGGCUGGUUUGAGGUGUAUAUAAGUGCUUGGUGUAUAGAGUAUACAUGUACAGCUGACACAAGGACAUUGUGGGAAGUUGAUGGUCUCAAAGAUGGCUUGACAAUGUGAUUAUAACAGCUGAAAACACGGGGAGAGCUUGGAUAACAUUUGUAGUGAGAGUCGAUAUCGACCCACCAAGGGGUUCAAGCCGGGUGCAAGCUGCACAGUGAGAGAACAGUCCUCAUGCCACGAACUCAACGCAUCGCGACAUUGAUCAGUGCGGUCUCCUUCCUCUAGGGACAAGGUAACGAGGCUGUACUUCCC